UUUUCCUCAGGCUGCCUUUUUAUUCCGUUACACUCUUCUCUCUUCUUCGCCCCCGCGCCAAACCGCGAGCCUAUCGAAGCUUCGGCCUGACGGCUUCCAUUCCUCCUCUUCUUCUCCUCUUUCGCUCCAACGGUGGCCUUUUCUUCUCCCCCCUUCGUCAUGCCGAUGUCUCCAAAAUGUUGGCCGACAAUGGAGGAAAGGAAACCCUAGCCCUAACCCUCGCCAUGGAUUUAUAACCAUCCCCCUUUGGUAGAUCGAUGUUUUCCAUGGGAAUGGGGGAGGAGCAAGGGAAGGAAAGGUGAUUAGGGUUUCGUUCUGGGCAUGGCAUUGGCUCAUCUGGGGUUUGGAUUCCCCUUGCGGCGCCCUGGCUUCGGGAAUGGCGGUCUGGAGGAGAGGCGGAGGGAUUUGACUUUGGCCGGCGUGGCCUCGCUUGCUUGUAAGGGGGACGGCGGAGUUCCCAAUGAGGUUUCUCUCGAGGCCAGAUCCCGUUCGGUCCGAAGGGAGGCCUCCGGGCGGGCGGGCGUCAAGGUGACGGAGGCGCCGGCCGUGGAAAAUGGCCAGGCUCGAUCGGGAGUUGAGAUUCCCGUCACUUGUUAUCAGAUUCUUGGGGUACCUGGGCAAGCUGAAAAGGAUGAGAUUGUUAAAGCAGCAAUGGAUCUGAAGAGUUCAGAGAUUGAAGAGGGAUACACAGCUGAUGUCAUUGUUUCCCGGCAGGAUCUCUUGAUGGAUGUGAGGGAUAAACUUCUAUUUGAGCCAGAAUAUGCUGGCAACAUAAAGGAAAAGGUUCCACCAAAAGCUAAUCUUCGUAUUCCUUGGAAUUGGCUGCCUGGUGCCCUGUGUCUUCUACAAGAGGUAUGUGGGACAGAAAAACUGGUGCUGGAUAUUGGUCGAGCAGCUUUGCAACUUCCAGAUGCUAAACCAUACGUUCAUGAUUUACUUCUCUCCAUGGCACUGGCUGAAUGCUCGAUUGCAAAGACUGGUCUUGAGAAAAGUAAAGUAUCUGAAGGAUUUGAAGCUCUUGCACGUGCUCAAUACCUAUUGAGGGGCAAAAUCUCUCUAGGGAAAAUGCCACUGCUGUCACAGAUAGAAGAGUCCUUAGAGGAGCGCCCUGCUUGCACAUUGGAGCUACUAGGCAUGCCACACACUCCUGAUAAUGCUGAACGUAGGCGAGGAGCAAUUGCAGCCUUGCGUGAAUUGCUUCAACAAGGUCUCAAUGUUGAAUAUUCGUGUAGAGUUCAAGACUGGCCUUGUUUCCUUGGCCAGGCAAUGAAUAAGCUAAUGGCUACUGAAAUAGUAGAUCUUCUUUCUUGGGAUACCGUGGCUGUUACUCGCAAGAACAAGAAAUCUCUGGAAUCACAAAAUCAGAAAGUUGUAAUUGAUUUUAACUGCUUUUAUAUGGUGAUGAUAGCUCAUAUUGCCCUUGGAUUUUCAACAAGACAAAUUGAUAUGAUCACUAAAGCAAAAAUCAUCUGUGAGUGUUUGAUUGCAUCAGAGGGUGUGGAUCUAAAAUUUGAGGAAGCCUUCUGCUUAUUUCUUCUUGGGGAGGGUGGUGGGACAGCAGCUGUUGAAAAACUUUGCCAGCUUGAAGUCAACAGAAAUUCAACUUCACAGAAUUUUGAUCCAACUGCAAGAAGAGAGGACAAAGUCAAGGGCACUGUUGAUCAAUCAUUGGAAACAUGGCUGAAGGAUGCUGUUCUUUGUCUGUUCCCUGAUACACGAGAUUACUCUCCAUCAUUGGCCAACUUUUUUCGGGGCCCAAAGCGGAUUCUAAGUGGGCGGCAAGCAAAAAAAUUGGAACCAGCACAUAUUAAUUCAACUAGACAUCUGGGCGAGGCUGUCAAGCAACUUGCACCAGCUGAUCUGCAGAGUCAACCAGCUUUAGUUAAGGCUACUGGUAGCACUAGUGCCCCAACUGUUCAGCUAAAGAGAAACCCUGGAGUAAAUCAUACAAAAAGUUUGGAAGGCUGGUAUAUGACAGGAGAUAUAGCAGGGAAAGUUGCAUGUACUGCUGUUGCGGGAUGUUUUACAUUCAGGAGACACCUUAAGCAUCAAACAGAUGCAGGAACUUCACAAAAUUUAUGGCCCACAGAUCUCUCACCUCUACCUGCUGCUGCGGGUACUACUCCACACAGGGAACAAAUGGCUGCGGAAGAAGCAGAAGCCCUGGUAAAGCAAUGGCAAGACAUCAAAGCUGAGGCACUAGGCCCUAAUUAUCAAAUACAAGCACUCCCUGAGAUUCUUGCUGAGACUAUGCUUUCAAAGUGGCAAGAUUUAGCACAUUCAGCAAAAGCUAGGUCCUGUUUGAGAUUUGUUUUACUACAUCUGUCUAUCCUGCGGGCUGAGAUGGUAUCAGAUGUAUCUGGUAGUGAGAUUGCUGAAAUUGAGGCUGUGCUAGAAGAAGCUGCUGAGCUUGUCGAUGAGUCUCAGGUGAAAAAAACCUGUUAUUACAGUAGAUACAAAGUAGAGUAUAUUUUGAAAAGGCAAGAUGAUGGUUCAUGGAGAUUCUGUCAAGGUGGUAUCCCAAAAUCAAGUAUGAUGUCCUCAGAUUAAGAAUGAGAGAUCAUUUAAAGGUUUUCGAUCUGCCAGAAAUACUCUUAUUCAAUUGGAUUCAGGAUGACAAAUGAAGAUUGUGUGCUGUUGUCUGAGCUGUCUGCAAGAGGAAUAAAAAAUUGGAACUUGUGGCAUAGUGUUUUCCUGGUGAUUUUAGGCCGAUCAUUGAUCUUUGCCAUCCCAUUAGAUGUGAUAUUUAAUGGUCUAGAAGCUGCUGGUUAUGGUUCCUCAAAACGAUGAAAUGUAGCAGCUGCAUUUUUUACGGUUUAGGAGCUCUGCCAGUAUGGCUCUUCAAGAUGAUGAAACGUGACCUGUUCAGUGAUUUUUAAGUAACCAUGAGGUUCCUGAAUUCUUUCUGUUCUGUGGAUAUCCGUAUCCAACGAACAUGACUAGGUUGUGUUUAUUUCUCUCCCCAAGUCAUUGUCUUCAUUGAUGGACUGACCAUUCUCUUGAUCUGCCCGAGCCUUUGUUCCUUUUGAGCUAAUCUCAGUGGCAUACUCAAGUUGGCUUUCACAAAAUCCUGUACUCUUGGUGCAGACUAAUUUUGCUACCAUACUUCCCCAGCUCCAAAGUUUCCUGAUAACUUGGGAGGAAUGCAAGGCAAAUGAAGAAUAUGCAGAAUCCUGUUGUAGAAUUAAUAUGAUGAUAGGCCAUUGAUAGCUGCAACUUGUGACUGUAUUCCUAGAAACAGUUUCUUGAUGUAUCUUUAUUUUGGAAUAUUUGUGCACAUUCUUGUUUGGGUUUAAAAAUUAAUUUCAUAUACUUCCAGAUUGUUUAACAGAAAAUCUGGUUGCUUUCUUCAA